GCCGCGGCGUCGGUGCAAUAAAAAUGCAUCGCAUGGAACUGCCCGUGGAGAAGGACGGGACGGAGCCGGGGCGGCCAGAGGAGGUGGGAAAAACGGAGGAGGACGCCCAGGAGGCGGCGGCGGCGGCGGCGGCCGGGAAGUGAAAGGUCUCGCAAAGUUCAGCGGCAGCUGUGGUCGCCGAGCCCCGAGCUAGCGGCGGACCAGCCCGCAGGGCCGCUCCGAGGGGCAGCUCGGCCAGGCCGGCUAUGGUCCUGGGUCUCCUGCCGUCCCCCAGGUGCCCGGGCCCCGCCAGGCCGGUGCGCGAGGGUCACCCCACCGCCCCGCGCGGCCCCGGCCCCCGGCUCCCUGCUGCCGGCGCCCGCUGACCGAGCCCGGCGCCCUGGGAGGAGGAAGAAACCAGAGCCCGGGUCCCUCCCGAGGACGGCGGCGCUUCAUCCCGCAGCCCAGAGGUCUCGGCUCCCUCCCGCACCCGCCGGCUCGGCUGCUCCCGGCUCCUCCCGGCCAUGGGGACCUGCGCGCGGCUGCUGCUGCUCUGGGGCUGCACGGUGGUGGCCGCAGGACGGAGUGGAGUCGCUGGACGCUGUGAAAAAGCCUGCAACCCUCGGAUGGGAAAUUUAGCUUUGGGGAGAAAACUCUGGGCAGACACCACCUGCGGUCAGAACGCUACCGAACUGUACUGCUUCUACAGUGAGAACACGGAUCUGACUUGUCGGCAGCCCAAAUGUGACAAGUGCAAUGCUGCCCAUCCUCACCUGGCCCACCUGCCAUCUGCCAUGGCAGACUCGUCCUUCAGGUUUCCUCGCACAUGGUGGCAGUCUGCAGAGGAUGUGCACAGAGAAAAGAUCCAGUUAGACCUGGAAGCCAAAUUCUACUUCACUCACCUAAUUAUGGUGUUCAAGUCCCCCAGGCCGGCUGCCAUGGUGCUGGACCGCUCUCAGGACUUUGGGAAAACAUGGAAGCCUUAUAAGUACUUUGCAACUAACUGCUCUGCUACAUUUGGCCUGGAAGAUGAUGUUGUCAAGAAGGGAGCUAUUUGUACUUCUAAAUACUCCAGUCCUUUUCCAUGCACUGGAGGAGAGGUUAUUUUCAAAGCUUUGUCACCACCAUACGAUGCAGAAAACCCUUACAGUGCCAAAGUUCAGGAGCAGCUGAAGAUCACCAACCUUCGCGUGCAGCUGCUGAAACGACAGUCUUGUCCCUGUCAGAGAAAUGACCUGAACGAAGAGCCUCAACAUUUUACACACUAUGCAAUCUAUGAUUUCAUUGUCAAAGGCAGCUGCUUCUGCAAUGGCCACGCUGAUCAAUGCAUACCUGUUCACGGCUUCAGACCUGUCAAGGUCCCAGGAACAUUCCACAUGGUCCAUGGGAAGUGUAUGUGUAAGCACAACACAGCAGGCAGCCACUGCCAGCACUGUGCCCCGUUAUUCAACGACCGGCCGUGGGAGGCAGCUGAUGGCAAAACGGGGGCUCCCAACGAGUGCAGAAGCUGCAAGUGUAAUGGGCAUGCUGAUACCUGUCACUUCGACGUUCAUGUGUGGCAGGCAUCAGGGAAUCGCAGUGGUGGCGUCUGUGAUGACUGUCAGCACAACACGGAAGGACAGCAUUGCCAGAGGUGCAAGCCAGGCUUUUAUCGUGACCUGCGGAGACCCUUCUCAGCUCCAGACGCUUGCAAAUCGUGUUCCUGCCACCCAGUAGGAUCAGCUGUCCUUCCUGCCAACUCAGUGACAUUCUGUGACCCCAGCAAUGGUGACUGCCCUUGCAAGCCUGGGGUGGCAGGGCCACAUUGUGACAGGUGCAUGGUGGGAUACUGGGGCUUCGGAGACUAUGGCUGUCGACCAUGUGAUUGUGCAGGGAGCUGUGACCCUAUCACUGGAGACUGCACCAGCAGCAACACAGACAUGGACUGGUAUCAUGAAGUUCCUGACUUCCGUCCCAUGCACAAUAAGAGCGAACCCACCUGGGAAUGGGGGGAUGCGCAGGGAUUUUCCGCACUGCUACACUCAGGUAAAUGUGAAUGUAAGGAACAGAUAUUAAGAAAUGCCAAGGCAUUUUGUGGAAUGAAAUAUUCAUAUGUGCUAAAAAUAAAGAUUUUAUCAGCUCAUGAUAAAGGCACUCAUGUUGAGGUCAAUGUGAAGAUUAAAAAGGUCUUAAAAUCUACCAAAUUGAAGAUUUUCCGAGGAAAGCGAACAUUAUAUCCAGAAUCGUGGACAGACAGAGGAUGCACUUGUCCAAUUCUCAAUCCUGGUUUGGAAUACCUUGUAGCAGGACAUGAGGAUGUAAGAACAGGCAAACUAAUUGUGAAUAUGAAAAGCUUUGUCCAGCACUGGAAACCUUCUCUUGGAAGAAAAGUCAUGGAUAUUUUAAAAAGAGAGUGCAAACAGCAUUAAGAUGGAUAACACAUAAUGGCACUUCCCUAUGUACAAAACACAAACUUUAGAGCAAGAAAACCUCAAAAAGGAAACUGGAAUUUUUUAAAGUGCCAAAAUAUAUAGAAAUGUUUCAAUGCAUGGGUCUCAUCUACCAUCGCUUCUGGGCCCAUGUUUAAAUACAGUUUUAUUUCAUAAAGAGAAAUGAAAACCCCUACACUGACAUGUUUUCUAUGGGACUGAUUCUGAAACUCUUAAGAAUAUUUUAAUAGCAGCAUGACAUUUAGCAGUAAUCCAUUAAGGGCAAUACCUCUAACGAGGAGCUCCUUCCAGCUUCAGCUACUUUACAUUUGAUGCUACUUAAGGUAAUGAAUGAGGUUUUAAGGAAUCCCCAACCCUGCCAUCAGAAAAUGUAAAAAAGAACCUUCUUUUGUGUGUUAUGCAUGAACUUUGUUCUGUAGAUGUUCAAUGGAACCUCUCCAUGUGUAUAUAGUGUUUCCUUGUAUAAAGCACUUUACUACCUAUCACUUGUGUUGUGAACGUUUGGAGGCUGCUGUUCACAGAAAAGGGUGUGUGAGGAAGCCUGCGGAAGCAGAUGCGCUGGCACGUGUGGACAAAAGUGACCAUAGGCAGGAAGUUGAGCUAUUUAACUCUCAAGACUUGGAGAAACCAGGUGAAGAUGCAACCAGCAAGGAGAAUAUGUAUGCAUGAAGUCUCAGCUUUCAGCUGGAGGCUAGAUCCCAAGAUGACAGCCAUGAGGAAACUUUUUUUAAAACUAAGCAAGAAAAGUCUUUAAAAUAAGAGAAAGAAAUCAUAAAUGUAGACCUAUCCUUGGCUAAAGGGGAAGUGGACUUUAAAUUUUAAAAAGCUCAUUUGCAAUGCACUUGAAUACUUCAAAAAUUAUUGUAGACACAGAAUUUGUUAUAUUUUUGUGCUUAGUAUUUAAACCUGAAUAUUGAAACUGUUUUCUUCCUUGUCUUUCUUAACGCUAAUAGUCAUUAUAUUUACCUGUUUUUAAACACAAUGUGAUAGUCAACAAAUUACAGUUUUUCAUUAUUACUCAUCUUCUGUACCCAUGCAUAACCACGAUACAUAGUUUCUUUUGUACUUGAAUAUACAAAACAUGAACACAGUGCCAUAUGAAUAAUUUCACAUACAGAUUUUUUUCCUGAAGUCCUGUGGACUUGCAAAAAUAUAUAUAUAUUGCUUUGUUAAUUUGUUUUUAUAUUUCAUAUAUGGAAUAAAGGAAUAUGAUCU